UAGAGAGAGAGAGAAAGAGAGAGAGAGAGAGAGUGAGAGUCAGUUGUGUCUGCAGGGCUGGUGGGCUGGUGGGCAUUAUUCAGUGAGUUUAAGAGAGAGAGAGUAAAGGAGAGGUAGAGAGAGUGAUGGAGUGAGUGAGGGAAAGAUAAAGAGAGAGUGAGGAAGAGAGAGAGAGAGAGAGAGAGAGAGAGAGAGGUGUGUGAAAGGCUGAGAGUCAGUAGUAUCUGCAGGGCUGGUGGGGAUUAUUCAGUGUGGUUCAGACAGACGGGUACAGCUGCUGUCUCUCUCUCUCUCUCUCUCUCUAUCUUUCUUUCUUUCUUUCUUUCUCUCAGUCUGAGUUUAUCUAUCCCUUUUUCUCUCUCUCUGUAUCUGGUGGAGGUGCCCGGUGCGGGACGUCCCGUCGGUGGAGGCGAUAUGGCGGGGGGAGCAACUGCACCUCUCCUGCUGCUCACGCUCCUCCACACCGUCACUGCAGAUCCCACAGCCAAUCACAUCGAUGUCCUGAAGAUUUUAGACCUAUCAGACAGAAUGGAGGGCGUGUCGUUAGAGGCGGGGCUUUGCACAAAUAGACCCGGCCUGGACGAGGUGGAUCUGGCGUACAAGAUCGAUAAGAAGAUACAAGUCAGCGUUCCAACCAAACAGCUGUUUCCUGACUCAGAGUUUCCGGAGAACUUCUCAGUUCUGGUGACGGUGCGUCCCCGGCGUGGUGCUCAGUGUUUCCUACUUUCCAUAUAUAACCCUGACGGGGUUCAGCAGCUGGGACUGGAGCUUGGACGCUCCCCAGUCUUCCUGUACGAGGACCAGAACGGCCGGCCCAGUCCUGACCAGUACCCCAUCUUCAAAAAGAUCAACCUCGCCGACGGGAAGUGGCACAGACUGGCGUUCAGUGUGGAGGGUAAGAAGGUCACGCUCUACCUGGACUGUAAAAAGCUCACGACUCUGGACCUGCCCAGGGGGGAGGAGCCCAAGGUCAGCACUGAGGGCGUGACAGUGUUCGGGACACGCCUACUGGAUGAAGAAGUGUUCGAGGGGGAAAUCCAGCAUUUAAUAAUAUCUCCGGAUCCUGCUGCUGCAGCAGAUUACUGCGUAAAUUACAUCCCUGACUGUGACUCCGCCCUCCUCUAUAGCAGCCUAUUACUGGACCCCGAGGAGGCGGUGAAGAUACCCAGGAAGUCGUUGGUGCAGGAUUAUGACGAUGACCUCUACAGUGACCUUUACAGUGACCUCGACGUUUCUACUGUUACAGCUGGAUCAAACCUCACAGACUAUGAGUUGGUGGAGUAUGAGGAGCUGGAUAAUGGGACGGAGUACGUGGUGAAGGAGUACGAAGAAUAUGAAGAAUACGAGGAAUACGACAAUCGCUUCGGACCAGCGACUAGGAACGGGGAGGAGUUCUGGAACGGACAGGGUCCUGGAGGUCCAGAGAAAGGCGAGAAAGGAGAACCUGCAGUUCUGGGACUGGGCACUCUGAUUGAAGGACCCCAUGGAGUACCAGGCCCUGAGGGUCCUCCUGGAGAGGCAGGUCCAAUGGGACCCCCGGGACCCAGAGGAGAUCCAGGAGAUUUGGGUCCCGCAGGUCGUCAGGGGCUUGCAGGUGCUGAUGGUAUUCCAGGACCUCCAGGGAACAUGCUGAUGUUACCGUUCCAGUUCGGUGGGGACGGUCAGAAGGUACCGGUGGUCUCGGCUCAGGAAGCUCAAGCUCAGGCCAUCCUACAGCACGCCAAGCUCUCUAUGAAAGGACCUCCGGGACCGUUAGGAUUAAACGGACGUCCAGGACCACUGGGGAAUCCAGGGCCGACGGGGCUGAAGGGGGACAGCGGGCUGCCCGGCCCACCGGGUCCUCGGGGUAUGACUGGUAUUCCGGGACCCAAUGGGAAGCCUGGAAAAAGGGGGCGAGAUGGAACAGAUGGUAAUCGAGGUGCACCAGGAGAGACUGGAGCUAAAGGUGACCGGGGGUUUGAUGGAUUACCUGGUCUUCCUGGGAAUAAAGGUCACAGGGGGGAGCAGGGAAAACGAGGACCUAUCGGCCCACCGGGAGACACUGGAGAAAAAGGUUCAGAUGGUCAGCCAGGACCCAGAGGGCAGCCUGGAGAGCCGGGUUUGCAGGGGUUAACUGGUCAGAGAGGACUAACUGGACCACCAGGACUGACUGGAGGCCGUGGGGUGGAUGGAGUUCAGGGCUCUAAGGGAAACCUGGGAUCACCAGGUGAGCCUGGAGCUCCAGGUCAACAGGGUAACCCAGGAAUUAUGGGGUUUCCGGGACCUCAGGGGCUGGUUGGGUUACCAGGAGACAAGGGCCCCCAAGGAAAGAAAGGAAUGAGGGGAUUACCUGGCACUGAUGGACCACCGGGUCACCCUGGAAGAGAAGGUCCACCCGGAGAGAAGGGGCUGCCGGGUUUAGCGGGAGUGCAGGGACCUGUCGGGUAUCCAGGAUCUCGAGGAGUGAAGGGUGCUGACGGUCUGAGAGGCAUAAAAGGCAGUAAAGGAGAAAAGGGUGAAGAUGGCUUUCCAGGAGCCAAAGGGGAAAUGGGCGUGAAAGGCGACGGUGGAGACACUGGUCCUGUAGGGAUGCGUGGUGAAGAUGGUGCAGAAGGUCCAAAGGGUCAGUCUGGACCCCUGGGAGAUCCAGGAUCUUCUGGCAUUGCUGGAGAGAAGGGUAAACUUGGUGUACCAGGUUUGCCAGGAUAUCCAGGACGACAAGGACCUAAGGGCACAGACGGAUUCCCUGGAGCUAUCGGUGUUGCAGGAGAGAAAGGGAGGAAGGGUCCUCCAGGACAGGCAGGCAUAGCAGGACAGAGGGGUCCUAAUGGAGCUCGUGGAGCAAGAGGUGCGAGAGGACCAACUGGAAAGUCUGGAGAUAAGGGAUCUGCUGGGCAUGACGGACCACCAGGACCAUCAGGAGAAAGAGGUCCUCAAGGCCCUCAGGGUCGUGUCGGAGAGAUUGGACCAAAAGGACCAUCUGGUCCUGCUGGGAAAGACGGUCUUCCGGGUCAUCCCGGCCAGCGGGGGGAGCCGGGUUUCCAAGGAAAGACAGGACCUCCAGGACCCUCAGGUGUGGUGGGGCCACAGGGUAACACAGGAGAAACUGGACCAAUGGGAGAAAGAGGUCACCCAGGGUCUGCAGGACCACCUGGAGAGCAAGGUCUACCUGGAGCUGCUGGCAAAGAGGGUGCAAAGGGAGACCCUGGAUCAACAGGAGUAUCAGGAAAGAAUGGACCUACAGGGUUAAAAGGUUUCCGUGGGAGUCGGGGAGCACCGGGAACCAUGGGACCACCUGGGCUGAAAGGAAGUUGGGGUCCUGUGGGGUCUUCUGGACCAGUGGGUGCUACAGGUGAGAGGGGACCUCCUGGUCUUGCUGGAGCGAUUGGUCAACCUGGACGUACUGGAACUGCAGGUGGGCCUGGACCAAUGGGGGAGAAAGGAGAACCGGGAGAGAAAGGACCAAUCGGCCCUGCAGGUCAGGAUGGGGAGCAGGGGCCUGUGGGAUUGCCAGGAGCCACCGGUCCUCCAGGACCCCCAGGAGAGGAUGGAGAUAAGGGUGAAACUGGAGGUCCUGGACAGAAGGGCAGCAAAGGAGACAAAGGAGAACCAGGACCUGCAGGUCCAACCGGGACUCAGGGACCAGAGGGACAGCCGGGAAUACCGGGUGUGGACGGGGAGUCCGGGCCGCCGGGACAGCAGGGGAUGUACGGACAGAAAGGAGAUGAAGGACUGCGGGGUUUUAAAGGAGCUACAGGACCGAGGGGACUACAGGGAAUGCCUGGACCCCCAGGAGAGAAGGGAGAGAGCGGACACUCUGGACUCAUUGGCCCUCCUGGUCAGUUUGGCCCUCGAGGACCUCAGGGACCCAGCGGUGGACAGGGUCCUCCUGGUAGGCCAGGUGUUCGUGGUCAGCCUGGUGGUGUUGGUGAAAAGGGGGAGGAUGGAGAGUCCGGUGAUCCUGGUCCUGUUGGAAUACCUGGAAGCAACGGGGAGAAAGGUGAUCAGGGAGAGAAAGGAGAUUCAGGAGCUUCAGGCGCUGGAGGAAUUCCAGGAGCUCGAGGUACAUCCGGAGAAGAUGGAGCUAAAGGGAACUCGGGUCCAAUCGGUUUAACUGGAGACCCAGGACCCCCUGGAGAGGCCGGCACAGAUGGUAUUGAUGGGGCCCCUGGAUCUAAAGGAGACAAUGGAGAACCCGGCAAAGCUGGGCCUCCUGGAGCCUCUGGAGAGCCUGGUCCUCCAGGACGGCCUGGACGAAGGGGUCAUUUAGGUCCACCUGGAAAGGAGGGGAAGCCUGGUAUGAAAGGAGACAAGGGAGCUCCAGGAUAUGAAGGUUUACUUGGGAAAACUGGUCCAGUAGGUGGUCAGGGGAAUCCUGGGAAAGCAGGGCCUCAGGGGCUUCCAGGAAUACCAGGACCAGCGGGAGAACAAGGUCUUAACGGACCUCCAGGACAAACCGGACCUCCAGGACCAAUGGGCCCCUCCGGCCUGCCGGGACUGAAAGGAGACCAUGGAAGGAAAGGAGAUAAGGGUCAUGGAGGUCUGAUUGGUCUGAUUGGUCCACCGGGUGAAUUUGGUGAGAAAGGAGACAGAGGAAUGCCUGGAAACCAGGGAGUACAAGGACCCAAAGGAGAUCCAGGUCCAGUUGGCACUUCAGGCCCCAAUGGCCCCCCUGGGCCACCUGGGCUGUCUGGAAAUGUUGGGCAGAAAGGAUCAAAAGGCAGUCAGGGACCUAUUGGACCUCGUGGAGACCAAGGUCCUGCUGGUCCUCCUGGAGCUCCAGGUCUACCUGCCGUAGGGACGGUGUCGCUGCCACUGCAGGAUGUAGUGAGGAGGCGGAGACAUCACUCUGAGGUGGACGGGGCGUCUCUGGUGGACGGAGAGAUGGAUGUAGAGACAGAGGUAGAGGAGGAUAAAGGGAUGCAGGGUGAUGGAGCGGCGGGUGGAGCCGGAGAGAAGGACAUGGAGGAGGUGUUUGCGUCUCUGGCCUCCAUGAGGACGGAGGUGGAGGGACUGAGGACUCCUCAGGGAACCUAUCACAGCCCGGCGAGAACCUGCAAGGAGCUCUGGAUGUGGAACCCCAAGCUGCCGGACGGUGUUUACUGGAUCGACCCGAAUCAUGGCUGCCACAGAGACGCCUUUAAAGCCUUCUGCAACUUUACUGCCGAGGGGGAGACCUGCCUCCAGCCACACAGCAAGUACCAGUCGGUGAAGCUGGCAGCGUGGAAUAAGGAGAAGCCUGGAACCUGGUUCAGCAAGUUCAGGAAAGGAUCUCAGUUCUCGUAUAUCGAUGCUGAUGGAAACGAUGUUCAUGUGGUUCAGCUGGGUUUUCUGAAGCUGCUCAGUGCGACGGCUCGGCAGAGCUUCACCUACCUGUGCCAGAACUCGGUCGGCUGGCUGGACGGCGCCACCUUCAGCCACAAGCGGGCGCUGCGCUUCAGAGGCAGCAACGACCAGGAGCUCACCCACGCCAACGCCCACUACAUCCAGCCCAGCUACGACGGCUGCCAGUCUCGGGCGGGUCAGGACCGGACGGUGUUGGAGGUGAACUCGCCGGAUGCUGAGUUGAUGCCCAUCAUGGACGUCGCUGUGUCGGAUUUCGGAAAUCAAAAACAGAAGUUCGGCUUCGAGCUCGGGACAGUGUGCUUUAACGGCUAAUGGCUAUUGGCUAGAGGCUAAUGGCUAGUGGCAAAUGGCUAGUGGCGAACAGCUAGUGGCUAAUGGCUAGUGGCUACAGGCUAACGUCUAGCACUGCGGAGAGAGAGUGGGGGUGAGACAGGUAGAGUUACUGGUGGAGAGAGAGAGACUUUACAGUGUAUUUAUGCAGCCCUGCGGAGGGGCGUGGCCAGAGACGUCAGGUGCUUUUAUUUUAUAAUGUAAUUUCUGUUUAUAAUGACGAUUGUCUGUUACCAUGUUAACUUUAAACAUUUAACUGUACAAGCAGUGCAUACACACUCUUUCUCAGGCUAACACACACACACACACACACACACACACUAAUUGGUCAGUUUCAGUCAUGUUACCUUUUCUUUGAUGGCCUUGUUUUUGCUGUAAGUGAAUGCUGGAAUAUUAUAUUAAAAUAUUUAGAUUUUAAUUAUUUUAUAGUUGCUUUAUAAAUGGCUGAAUUCCCACAAUGCACUCUGGUAGCAGAUUUAACUGGUAGAUUUGGGAACACUCCCUGAACCCAACAUUUUAUUAAAUUUGCCUCUGAGUUCCCCUGACAAAUCCCUAUAACUAUAAAAAAACAAAUUUUAGACUAUUUAUAAUGUUUAAUUGAAAACCUUGGAAAAAUUUAACUUAUGUAGAUCAGUAACAUCCAGUCUGACGUUUAGAUCCUGCCUUAUACAGAACCUGCACUGGCUUACAUGAUCAAAAUAAACUAAUUAUCUAUAUUAAUUAACAAAACUACAGACAAAAGAAUAGACAAAGGAACAGACAAAUGAACAGAUAAACAAUUAAAAAUAAACAGGUAAACAAACAGACAAACAGCUCGUUAAAUGAACAGAUAAACGAGCCAACAAACAGAUAAACAGGUAAAUGAACAGGCAAACAAACAGACAAAUUAAAAGACAAAUGUUCAAAUAGGCAAACAGACAGACAUAAAAACAAAUUAACAGAUAAAGAGACAAAAGAGUGGCCAUAAUGAUUGAACAGACAAGUGAACACAUCAAAUAAAGACAGAUAAAAGCCAAACAAACUUAGCAAUGACCAUACAGACGAAGAAACAAACAAAUUACCACAAACAACAGAAACAGAUGAACGAGUGAACAAACACAAAUAUGAACAAACAGACAAAUGAAUAGACAAACAGAUGAAUGAAUGUAUAGAUUUUUAACAGGUAAACAGACUAAUUAAUGCAUUAAUUAAUUAAUGAAUAACAGAUAAUUGUAUGUACAAACAAUAUAAACAAACAAACAAACAGACAAACUAAUGGACGAACAAAUGAAGAAACAGACAAACUGACAAAUGAGUGUAUGAAUUAACUGUUUGUCUCUUUAUUUGUUUUUUGUCCAUUUAUUCAUUCAAUUGUCCUCUUUUUGUUUAUUUAUACAUUUGUCUGUUUGUUUGUUCAUUCGUCUGGAGAAACAGUUUGUCCUGAAAUGUCAGACUGGAAGUUACUGGUCCUCAUGUGCUGCUGUAGUUAAACGAAAAGUUGUAUUUUUUUGCCAAAUAUGAAAUUUUAUAUAUUAUUUUUGUUUAUGUUUAUUUUUCCCACAAUGUUCACUUAAGUAGAUACACAGUAACUGUGCACCAGUAUGUGCCACAUUAUAUAAUAGAGUAUGUUCUUAUAGCAGACUCUUAACCAAACCAGUCCC